GAUGAGGGGCUGAGGUCGCCUCGGCGCUCCUGCGAGUCGGAAGCGCCCUGCGCCCCCGCCCCCUUGGCCGCCGCGCCGCGUUCGUCGUCCGAGGCCAGGGCAGGGUGAGCCGAACCUCCGCCGCCACCGCCAAGUUUGACCGCGCCGCCGGGGCUGCCGCCGCCGCCCGCACCAUGUCCGCGGCCGCCUACAUGGACUUCGUGGCUGCCCAGUGUCUGGUUUCCAUUUCGAACCGCGCUGCGGUGCCGGAGCAGGGGGGCGCUCCCGACGCCGAGCGACUGCGACUCCCGGAGCGCGAGGUGACCAAGGAGCACGGCGACCCGGGGGACACCUGGAAGGAUUACUGCACCCUGGUCACCAUCGCCAAGAGCUUGUUGGACCUGAACAAGUACCGACCCAUCCAGACCCCCUCGGUGUGUAGCGACAGUCUGGAGAGUCCGGAUGAGGAUAUGGGAUCCGAUAGCGACGUGACCACCGAAUCUGGGUCGAGUCCUUCCCACAGCCCGGAGGAGAGACAGGAUCCUGGCGGCGCGCCCAGCCCGCUCUCCCUCCUCCACCCUGGAGUGGCUGCGAAGGGGAAACACGCCUCCGAAAAGAGGCACAAGUGCCCCUACAGUGGCUGUGGGAAAGUCUAUGGAAAAUCCUCCCAUCUCAAAGCCCAUUACAGAGUGCAUACAGGUGAAAGGCCUUCCCCUGCACGUGGCCAGACUGCCUUAAAAAGUUCUCCCGCUCCGACGAGCUGACCCGCCACUACCGGACCCACACCGGGGAGAAGCAGUUCCGCUGCCCGCUCUGCGAGAAGCGCUUCAUGCGGAGCGACCACCUCACCAAGCACGCGCGGCGCCACACCGAGUUCCACCCGAGCAUGAUCAAGCGGUCCAAAAAGGCCCUGGCCAGCCCCUUGUGAGGUGCGACCCGCGGGAGCCAGGGAGGGCCCGGCCCGGAGAGACCCAGCUACUCCCCGCACACGGACAGACACGGGAAACCCAGCCCCCGGGAGGCACGCUGCCAGCACAGGAAGCCCUGUUCUUUGGUCAAUAUUCUGAUUUCUCCUCUCCCUGCAUUGUUUUUAAAAAGCACAUUGUGGCCCAAGGGAACUCUGAACCGCCUCUGACUUUUGGAGGAAAAGCAAAUUUUUUUGGUGUGGUUUUUUUUUUUUUCUCCUUUAUUUUUUUUGGGGGGUGGGGGGCGGUGGGAGGGUGAUCGUGGGUGGGGAGAGGGGGGUCCGGCCAAGACUGGGGCAGAAUUUUAAAGAUUCAACACUGGUGUACAUACGUGUGACUGGGUGAGUUGACCUGUGGCAUCACAGUGAUUCCGGGCCCUUUCUGCUUGCUGUCUCUCAGAAUUGUUUUCGUACCUUUUAAUGUAAUGACGAGUGUGCUUCGGUUUCUUUAGCAAAACCACUCUCUUGAAUCACGUUAACUUUUGAGACAAAAACGCCAUAGCACAGCUGUCUUUAUGCAAGCAAGAGCACACCUCCUCCAGCAUGACCUGUCAUCUAAAGACUUGGAAACACACACGUUACUUAUAGUCAAUGAAUGGGUAAGCCGUCUGAACUUAUACUAAUCAAGACAAACCUUGGAAAGGUUACACUAAGUACAGAACUUUUUAAACCUUGCUUUGUAUGAAUUGUACUUUCCGAACAUAAGCUGCACUUUAAGUUGUAAUGCAGAGGAUGAAUAAGUUACGUUCAUGCUUUAAGGAUAGAAGCAGACAUUCUUUUUGGAACCACGUUAUAAUCUGCUUAUUUUACAGUAUACACGUUUCCCUAAGAAAUCACAGAAGAUGCGAGGGCAGAAUAUAUGCAAUAGAUGCUGAAGGAGAAGGAGGGUAGGUUUGUUUGUUUUUUAAUAAUUUUAAAAGAACAAACAGAAUUUUGACUCUAUUAACUUCCCCAAAUUUCCCGAUUCUUUUAGUUCACGCCACCUUAUUGUACCAUAAUGCCACGAAGGGAGAGGGCUUUGACUCUGGUGGGUUUUAUUUGAAUGGAUGCAUAACAGUAGCUAGUUCUGGAAACACCUUUGUUUUUUGGGGGGAAAGGUGUGUUGGUCUCCUUCCCAUGUUCCUACAAAACUCCCACUAACAGGUGCAAGAGUUAUAUAAAACGAAAAGGGAGCUGAACUGUGAAAAGAAAAAUAUACCCCAUAAGCAGUGAGCGCCCAGGGGAAAUACCACGACGGUGUCAGAGGAGACGGCAACGCCGGCACAUGGGAUCCACACGGAUGACGACGCAUCACUGUACCUGAUACAUCCGAAGCCUCACCACUAUGUAUCUUGUCUCCAGGUGUCUGCAAUGGCCUAAACCACUACAUCCAUUACACGCCAUUUACCUGAAAACUUCAUUUUGGCCUUUCCAUGGCCAAAAACACGAACUGAGUUUUCCUAGUGAAGAAGAAACCUCACGUGGGGGAGUCAGCAGUGAUGGUGGGAAAAUGUUUACAUUUUUUUUUUCUUCAGAAAUAACGCUUUCUGACAAUUUUAUCUGGUAUUUAAAACAGGGAGCCCUGGUGCACCGGCGUUUACACAUGUGCUAGAAGAUGUGUUGUGUAAACCUAGGGUGCCCCCCUGCCAGCGGACGCGUUAUUUCCCCCGAUACAUGCUCAUUUCCAGUUCAGAACCCGUGUGGCUCCUGCCGCGGGCGUGGGUCACGGCUGACUCCUGCUUCCAACACAGUAGCCAUCACUAGCAUGGUGGGUUUUGCUUUUUUUUUUCCUUUUUGUUUUGUUUAACCAACGUAGUUGUAUUAGUAGUUCUAUAAAGAGAACUGCUUUUAACAUUAGGGACUGGGAGCAGUCCAUGGGAUAAAACGGAAAGUGUUUUCUCACGGGAAAACAUGUCAGGAAAAAUAAAAGAACACUUUCUACCUCUGUUUCAGAUUUUUGAAACACUUAUUUUAAACCAAAUUUUAAUUUCUGUGUCCAAAAUAAGUUUUAAGGACAUCUGUUCUUCCAUGCGAAGUAGGGGAGGCCGCCUGCUUCUGACAGAGUUCACGGAGUGGUUCUGCUUGUGACCCUCUGCACGCGGCCUUUUGGUGAGAGAGGAGUUUGGGGUUGCCGAGCAACCCACCAACUUGUACAAACUCAUCUUUCCCUCACAGAAAGAAACGAAGAAAAACCAGGCAAAGUCAGUGAAAGACAAUCUUUGUAGUUUCAGGAGUAAUUCUGUAUGUGGCUUUUGUCCAGCACGUAGAUGGAUGUAAAUGCAGCAACUUGUUUAAAAAAAAAAAUGCACAAUUUACUUCCCCCAAAAAGUUGCUCCUUGCCUUUUCAAGGUGUUGACAAACACACAUUUGAUAUUCUCUUAUAUGUUAUAGUAACGUAACGUAUAAACUCAAGGCUUUUUAUUCUUUGUGAUAAAUCCUGUUUUACAAUGUCACAAAACAGGAACCAGCAUUCUAAUUAGAUUUACUAUAUGAAGAUUUGGUUCAACUAGGACUACUAGAGUUCAUUGAACUUACUAAAACUAUGAAGCAAUUACUUUUUAUAUUAAAAAGACCAUGGAUUUAACUUUAAAAAAUCCAAAUGCAGGAUAGUAAUUUUUGUUUACUUUUUUAACCAAACGGAAUUUUUUGAAAGACUAUUGCAGGUGUUUAAACAGAAAGGAACGUUGUUUUACCUAAUACUGUAAGUAGUUGUCAUAUUCUGGAAACAUUUAAUAGUUUUAGAGUUAAGAUAACUCCUCUCCUUGGUUAGGGAAGACGAAAGCCCUUCACCACUGUGGAACGAUGCCCUGGCGUUAAGGUCUGUCUCUACAUCAUGCUUUUUUUGAGAAUUACAUUUGGUAGUUAUAAUUACAGAACUGAUUAGUUGUAAGUUUGCAGAUAGAUUUAGCACAGUACUCAUCACUCUGGAUAGCCUGCAAUGUUCUCUCACACGGAUGAUCUGUAACACUGUAAGAUACUGAUCUUGACAACUGUUUAAUCAGUUUUAUUUUUGUACAGUAUUAGUGACCUAAGUUAUUUUGCUGUCCUGUUUUUGUAAAUCAAACAAAAUUAUAAUAGAGGAUUCUGACAGUAGGUAUUUUGUACAUAUGUAUAUAUGUUGUCCAAAUAAAAAUAAUAAAAAUGAUCAAGAUUU